CUCCGAAACGAGCCCGUCUACUCCCGCGGAGCUGCGGCUGGCGAGGAGGGCGGAACAUGUUUGUGCCGGAACCACUACGCCGCUGGGUUGGGCAGCCAGACGGAGGCAAUGACGCGGCCAUGAAACGACCAAGGCGAAGCCCUUAGGCCUUGACCUCGAGCAGAAGGCGAAGCGGGGCGAUGGUCAGAGAUGUGAAUAUCCAUGCAUCAUAUCCACAACCUGAAAACAAGAGUAGUUUUCCCCCAUCAGGAAACAGAAAGCUUUAUUUUGACACCCAUGCCUUUGUAUGCCUUCUAGAAGAAAAUGGAUUCACUACUCAGCAGUCUGAGAUUAUUGUGUCUGCUUUAAUAAACAUCAUAAAUAACAAUAUGAAUGUGAUAUACAAGGACAUGGUCACAAAAGUGCAACAGGAAAUUGCUCUUCAGCAGAUAAUGUCUCAUAUUGGUGGCGUGAAAAAAGACAUGAUUAUUUUGGAAAAGAGUGAAUUUUCAGCACUUCGAGCAGAAAAUGAGAAAAUAAAACUUGAACUUUACCAGCUAAGAAAGCAAGUAAUGGAUGAAGUUUCCAAAGUUCGUACAGACAGCAAGCUAGAUUUCAACUUGGAAAAGAGCAGAACAAAAGAAUUGUAUUCGCUUAAUGAGAGGAAACAGUUGAAAAUGAGAACAGAAGUAGUGGAAUUGCAUGCACAACAGGAUAGAGCUUUAACACAGACGUACAGGAAAAUAGACACUGAAGUUGCAGGCCUGAAAACAAUGCUUGAAUCGCACAAACUUGACACCAUUAAAUAUUUAGCAGGUUCAGUAUUUACAUGUCUUACAGUUGCACUGGGGUUUUACCGUUUAUGGAUGUAACAAAGCAUCUCUCUUGAAAGGACUUGUACUAUCUUGCCUUACAAAA